GAACAUAUUAUAGGUAAAUUUAUCAUUAUGGCGGCGUCGCGGAAGCAUUGCGGAAGCAAUUCCCGCGGCGUCGUCGGUUCAAACAGGGAAAAAAAAAGGUAAAUUUAUUAUUAUGGCAGUAUGGCUAAAGUGUCGGUGAUUUUUCAAUAUUUUGAUUUUCAAGCGAGAAAUGCGAGAUAUGAGAAUUAAUUGAGAAAUGAUAAUAUGGUAUGUGAAAUAUUACAAAUAAAAAUGCUCAUAUUAGCAUAUAAUAUUAGGUAUCUCUCUUGAAAAUUAAAAACCUGAUAUACAAUUUUCAAUUUAAUCUUUUCCUCCAUUAAAGCCGUCUGGCAUUUCUCCGUGUCGCCGGUCAGCCAGACGGGUGACGGGUGUGUUGUGUUUUUUUUCUUUUAUGGCUUAUAAGAUAAAAUGAUAUCAUUUCACGCGCCAAUAGUAUAAUUUUUUUAUCUUUCCAACAUGUGAAAUUGUGAAUGUGAUAUUCAUAAUUCAUUCUGUGGUGAUACUGUGAAAUGUAAUGCGAUGCGAUUCCUAGUUGUUGCUAUUGACAAUUUUGAUAUUUGUUGCUGUUAGGCGUUUAUACAUUAUUUUUAUAGUUGUAAUUUCAUGUGCUUCUGUAAAUCUACUGAUAACAUACAUAAGAUAGCUCUGGGUUACCAGUACAUGGUAAUCAGUACUUAGGUACUUGCUAAUGUUUUCUGUUAUGUAUCCGUUUGAACUGUUUAUAUAAAUUUAAAGGUGUAUUCUUUAAAUGUUAAAAUGUGUUCAUAGUAUUUUUUUAAAAAUGAUGGAUCCUAAUAAUUUACCACACCAUGUGUAUCUGCACAAAGACCACAAGUUCAGAUUGAAAUUGGGAUUUUAUGCAGCUCCCAGCAAUCCCAAAGCGUUUUCAAAGGCUAUUAGAGAUGAACUUCACAAUUUAAGGUUUACAUACUGUUCUGAUUUAAAUGGACUGAUUAUGGGAUUUGGUAAAAUAAGUUCAAACGAACUUAUUCCAGCUGAUAUUAGACAUUGCAUCAAUGUAGUUGUCAAUGUUGAUGUAUAUAUAUUCAAACCUCCAGUUGGAUCUAUAAUAGAAGCUGUUGUAAAUCAAACUAGUGAUAAUCAUGUCAGUUGUUUGGUGCACAAUUUAUUCAACGUUUCAAUAGUACGACCUGAAAAUGAACCGUGCGAGCAGUGGUCAGGAUCUAAAAUUAAAAAGGAUGACAAGAUUGAUGUUAAAGUUUUAUCUUUUGAUCUCACAAAAAAACUUCCUCAUAUUACAGGCGAAAUAAUUAAAAAGAAUGAUGAUUGUUAUGAUUCUAAUAAAAUAAAAAAUAGUUCUUUUACAAAAUCGUCAUCCACAAAAAAUAUUGUAAGUGAUUUUACUAAAUCUUUUAAUGAGAGUACUGCAAGUCCUUCAGCAUAUUCAUCAAAUGAUUCUGAAUGUUCAGAUGAACAGAACAAUAUGAUAACUGAGUCUAAAAUUUGUGCCGAUGAAUCUGCAAAAGUAUCACCAUUAUUAAUUAAUACCACUAUUAAACAGGUACAAAAAGAAAACACUGCGGUUAGUUUUUCAAAAUUUUCAUCAAGUGAUUCUGAAUCUUCAGAUGAAAUUGACAAUAUACUAAGUUCUAAAAUAUGGGCUGAUGAAUCUAUUAAAGUAUCACCAUUAUCAAUUAAUACUACUAUUAAACCUGCACAAAAAGAAGAUAUUGCAGUUAGUUCUUCAAAACUUUCAUCAAGUGAUUCUGAAUCUUCUGCUGAAAUUAACAAUAUGAUAACUAGCCCUAAAAUAUGUGAAGAUAAAUCUACUAAAAAAUCACCUGUAUCGACUAAUACCACCAUUCAACAUCAGGAUACUGCUGAUAGUUCUUCAGAAUGUUCAUCAUCUAACUCUGAAUUUUCAACUAAAAUUCAGGUUGAGUUAACCAAUUUCGAAGAAUGCGAUAAAAAUAAAUCUACUAGUACAUCAUCACAUAUUCGCGCCAAUAUUAACAAUAGUAAGCACAUUGAAAGUCCAUUAUAUAGUUCUACUCCUAUUUUAAAUUCUGAAAAUUCUGUAAACAGUAUCAAUUUAAUCAGAAAUAAGCAACUAGAACAAUUAAAAAAACACCUGGCUAAAAAUUGUAUUGGAAAACAAAAAUCAUUGGCUUCUGUUAAAGUACCUAAUCAGUUUGCUAAAGAUAAAUUUCUUAAAUCUUUAAACAUUUUAAAAAAUAUUAAAAAUAACGAUAACAAUGAUAAUCCACUUGAAGUACAUGCUGCUUCGGUCAAUACUAAAGAUAAUUUGGGUCGUCCUGAUAAAAUAAGUCACCAUAGUAACCUCCAAGGUGACUCUGGUUUAAGUGACAGUGAACAUAAAAACAUUUCAGUUAAUAAAUCGUUUUCAAGGAAAUCUGAAAAAUCUACAAAAACAACUAAAAGGCAUAGAAAAUCAAAUGAAAUUGUAGAUGCAAUUAUAAACUCAAUUAGUUUAAAUGAGGUGAAAUCUAAUGCUAAGAUUACCAAACAUUUUGUUGAUUCUAAUAAUGAAUGUAGUAAUGACGAAAAAGAAGAAAACACUAUAUAUACUCAACAUAAACAUAAUUUAGAUGAAGGAUUAAUUAUUAAUCGCAAAUAUUGCAAUGAACCAGCAGUUAAAAAUUCUUUGACAUUAAAUUUGAGUACUAAGAAUAUUAGAAGAGAAGAUACUCCCCAAAAGAAAAAUACAGAUGACAAUGAAAACCAAAUUAAAAAUAAAAUAUCUAAAAAAUGUUCAAAUGUCACAUUAUCCAUGAUAUCCGAUUCAGAUAGUAAUUGUAGUAAAGAUCUUAAAUCAAAUGUAAAAAAUUUAAGCCAUACAACUGAUUUUAAUAAAGAAAUUGAAAAUGACACUAGUAGCUCUGAUGAUGAAAUUUAUUCAAAACUUAGACAAAAUAUAUCAAAAACACAAAUAAAUACAAACCAUUAUAAUGAAGAACCUAAAAGUCAAUCACUCUAUUAUAAUAAAGUAUAUUUUAGUACUGAUGAGAGUGAUUCGUCGUCCAAACUUUUUUAUAAUACAUCUAAGUUGUCUUCAAAGUUAGUUAAAUCAAAUGUAACAAACAUAUUAGAAACUGAUGUUUGCAACAAAAGCAAUGACAAUAAUUUGUUAUCAAACAAAAAAACAAUUAAAAAAGAUAAAAAAAAAAAAGAAGUAAAUGAAAAAUCUGCACCUCCUCAAUUGUCCAAUAAAAUUGUUAAUAAAAUGGACAUUAUUAAACACAUUUUGGACAAAGAUUCUAGUAGUGAUAGUGAAGUUACGACUCUUAAAAACAAAACUAGUGAUGAGAAAAAGAAAAAAGGAGAAGUUUCUAGAAAAAAAUCAAAAUUAAAUGAAAAUGAUGGGUUAUUAAAUAAAAAUAUUUCAAACCCAUUUUUAAAAAUAUACACUGAAAAUAUAACAAGCUCAAGUUCUGAUGAUGAAACGUUUGUUUUAAAUUUAAUGAAAUCAAAAAAAUCAUCUGGCAAAAAAAAAACUAUUCCCUUAGUAAAUGAUGAAGAGAAAAAAAAUAUUUUAAUAAAUCAAGUGUUGACUUCUAUAAAACGUGAAAAUAAAAAACAAAAACAAACCUUGCCUGUUUCACAGAAUAACUCAAAAGCAUCUGAAAGUAAAAAAAAACUUUUUAAAAAUGACAAAAUAACAAAAAAUAAACCUAUAGUUAAAACUAAAAAUAAAAAAGAUAUUCUGAAUAUCUUAAAAAAUUCUAUUGAAGAACCAAAACCUAAUGUGUCAAAUUUAAAUAUUUCCCAAAAAGUUGACUCAUCUCAAUUAAAUAUUCAAUUUUCAUCCAAUGAGAGUACCGAUGAAGAAAAAGAUGUUAUAAAAAAAAUUUUGAAAAAACGAAAACUUAAAAAAACUAAAAAAGCUUAUGUCCCAGAGCAAUCUAUGCAAAUUAAUAUUUCAACAAGAUCAAACGAACAGAAUGAAAUCAAAGAAAAAUUGCACACUAAAUCAAAAUCCCAAAAUGUAUCAAUGGCAAAUGAAGUGAAGAGUAAUGAUAUAAAAAAAAAAAAGAGACCAAGAGAAACUAAGAAAAACCUUUUAGAUUCUAUAAUAAAUGCUUUAGAAAAUUCAAGUGAUGAUGCCCCUCCUAAAAAGAAAAAAAAAGAUCAUAAUUUGACUAUUGAAGAAUCACAUGAUUCUAAUGAUAAAAAUUCUGUUUGUAACUUAUCCAAGGUUAAAAUGAAGAAGAAGAAAAAAUCCAAACAUAAAGACAAUGUUAGCUUAAUUGAUUUAAUUUUAAAAGAUAAUAAAAAAAAAACUAAUGAUUCAUUUCUUGAAUCUUUGCCAAAAAAUAUUGAAUCAAAAGUAGACAAUACACUUUUAAAAGUUUCAAAAAAAAAAAAAAAAAAAAAAAGUGAUCCUGUUUUCUAUGAAACACAAAGUACUAUUACUGACAAAUCAAGUAAAAUAAUUGAUAAACUGGAAGAUAAUAAUGUAAAACUUAAAAAUUCUGAAACAAGUAAGAAAAAGACUAAAAAACUUUUGGAAGAUCAAAUGAAAAAUUUUAUGUUAACUCAAGAUAAUACACAUUUGGAUAAUUUGUAUGACUUACUAAACAUGCAUUUGAUUCAAUCUUAAGAUUUAACUAUUUUUAUGAUUAAUUAACUAACCUUAUGUUUUAUAUAUAAAGUUUAAUAUUUUAUUCGGAUGUAAUUUUUAAAUAUUGAAU